AAAAACUUAUCAGAACAAUAUUCCAUUUCGUGCACUUACCGAAAAUGAAGCUACUUGUUUGCUGUUUCCUGUUAAUAACAUCCACCUUGGCUAUUCUGGACCCUUCACGCCAGGCAAAACUCGACCAGCUUAGCGACGAGUGCCAAUCUGAGUCGCCGGUAUCCGCAGAAACUUUAAAUAAGCUUCGUCAGACCGAACAAUUCGAGGAAAUUCCGGCACUCCAGAAGCACAUAUUCUGCGUUUUGAAAAAGACCGGAAUCGUGUCGGAGUCCGGCGAUAUUAAUAUCGACGUUGUCAAGACGAAACUGAAGAAGGUUAACGCAAGUGACGAAACGGUGAAUACUGUAGAACAGCAGUGUGUGGUCAAGAAGGAUACACCUGUAGUUACAGGUUUCGAACUCAUGAAAUGCGUCUACAGCAAACAGUCGAAUUUUUCUCCAGCUGAUUAAAGACAAGAUUUCUUCGAAUUUAGUUUGACUGAUAAAAGUAAUUAAUUUCAAACUGUCUUUAGUUUUUUUUUAAUCUGCUUUAACUUAAACGGCUAACCUAAUUUUUCUCCUGCAGAUUAGCGACUUUUAUUGUAAAAAAAUCGAAUAAUAAAGAUUUUAAUUGAACAA